AGGAAAAUCUCUGAAACAUACAUUUAUAGCAAUGACGGUAUCGUCUAAACUGGUCGAAGUACCAAAAUCCGGAUUUUCUUCAAUCCCGGUUAUAGAUAUCUCUGACCCGGAAUCCAAACACGACAUGGAAAAAGCCUGUGAAGACUUUGGAUUCUUCAAGGUGAUCAACCAUAGCGUUUCUUCGGAGCUAGUCUCUGUUUUGGAUCACGAGGCCGUCGAGUUCUUCUCAUUGCCUACGUCCCAGAAAACCCAAGUCGCAGGUUAUCCCUUUGGAUACGGGAAGAGAGCGAUUGGUCGCAGUGGGGACGUUGGUUGGGUUGAGUACUUGUUGAUGAAUGCUAAUCUUGAUUUCGGUUCCCAUCCAUUCCCUCCGGGUCUCUUGCAAAACCCCGAAACUUUCAGGUUGGACUCGACGUGA